AUGCGCCUGAUUAGAACUUCGGCUAACUUGUUUGUGCGACUCUCCUCCAGACAGCCUUCUACGACGACGAACAUCCCAAGACCACCACCAGGGGCAGUCUUCAAAUCUCACAUCGACAUCAUGGAGGCACAACAAGUACCCAAGACCUGCAAGGUCAUCCUCGCCGACACCAUCGCCAAGAAGCUGCUCUCCGAGGCCCGCGAGACUCUUGCUAAGAUCCAGGGUCCCGAUGCUUCCAAGCCUACUCUGGCUGCUUUCCUGGCUACCGAUGACCCGGGCGCUCUGCAGUAUGCCGAAUGGUCCAAGAGGACGUGUGAAGAGAAUGGCUUCAACUUCGACCUCCGCAAAGUCGACAAGGAAGACCUCGAGGAGGGCAUCAUCGCCGCCAACAACGACGACCAGGUCGACGGUAUCCUCGUCUACUACCCCAUCUGGGUCGGCAACCACAGUCAAGACAAGUACAUCAAGGAGACCGUCGCCCUCUCCAAGGACGUCGAGGGUCUCUGCCACACCCACCUCUUCAACAUGUACCACAACGUCCGCUUCCUCGACGCUCCCGCCAACCUGAAGAAGUCCAUCCUUCCCUGCACGCCGCUCGCCAUCGUCAAGACCCUCGAGCACCUGCAGAUCUACAACCCCAUCCUGGCCUACGGCAACCGCCUGUUCGGCAAGACCAUCACCGUCAUCAACCGAAGCGAGGUGAACGGCCGCCCUCUCGCUGCUCUGCUCGCCAACGAUGGCGCCACCGUCUACUCGGUCGACGUCACCGGCGUCCAGGUCUUCACCCGCGGCGAGGGCAUCCGCCAGCUGCGCCACCAGGUCCACAACAAGGAGGGCUGGGAGCUCAAGGAUGUCUUGCCGCUCAGCGACGUCGUUAUUGGCGGGGUCCCGACCGAGAAGUUCAAGGUGCCUACCGAGCUGCUCCGCGACGGUGCUGUGUGCAUCAACUUCUCCAGCUUCAAGAACUUUGAUGGUCCCGCGGUCAAGGAGAAGGCUAGCAUUUAUGUCCCCAGCACUGGCAAGGUUACCAUUGCUGUGCUUUUGCGCAACCUUGUGCGCUUGAUCGCCAACCGUCCCCGUCCCGAGGGAUCUGCGCCCGAGGACCCCAAAGAUGCCAAGGCGCGUAGCGAGGCCUUCAUCGAGGGUUAA